AGAAAAUUCCAGGUAUAACCUCAAUAUAUGGAAAAGCCACCCAUUUGGCCGCCUAGUCGUAAAAUCAGAAGCUGCAGGCAUGCCGAAAACGAAGAAAAUGGUUCAAAUGAAUGCAGCCUAGCCGACCAAGACAACAACGAGUUAAGUUGAAGAUUUAUUUAUUUUAUUUUUCUAUCAUUGUGGUCUUUAAUUCACUAUUCCUUAAAGUUGAAAGUUCGAGUUUUUUAUGAUUGAAACCAUGUUUUAUUCCUUCUCCAUUAGAGGUGGGAUUGCAGGGAUUUCACCAGCAUCUCAAUGUCUCAGCUUUAUUCAAAACUAUGCAAAAAAUUCAUUAUCUUCUAGAUUCAUUUCAAAGAUUCCAAGCUAUGAACCCUCCUUUACAGUUUCUUAUCUUAUAAACUCUUGUGGGUUCUCUCCAGAAUCUGCUUUCUCAGUUUCUGAAACAGUCCACUUUGAAUCCCCCCAAAAGCCUGACUCUGUAAUUGGCUUCCUCAAGAACCAUGGCUUUUCACAAUCUCAAAUCAGAAGCCUCAUUAAUAGGAGACCUAAAUUGCUUUUGGCAAAUCCUGAUAAAUCCCUUUUGCCUAAAUUCCAAUUCUUUUACUCCAAAAGGAUUUCAAGUUCUGAGCUUAGAAGAAUCUUAUCUUUAAACCCUCAUGUUUUAGAAUAUGAUUUAGCUAACAGAAUUGUCCCCAGUUUCAAUUUCUUUAAGGAUUUAACUCAGUGUAGUGAUGAUAAGGUUUUUCUGGCUUACAAGAAUUGUUCAGGCAUUCUUACACGUAAUUUAGAGUUCAUUUUCACUCCGAAUCUCGCAAUUUUGCGAGAAAAAGGGGUUCCUGAAUCGGUUCUUAUGAAUAAACUACUUGUUCACCCAAGAAUCUUUGCUGUGAAUCCUGAAAAUUUCAGAAGAGCAACUGAAGAAGUAAAGAAAUUGGGUUUUAAUCCUUUACAGCAGCUUUUCCUUGUAGCUCUUCAAGCUUUGAUACAAAUCAGCAAAUCAACAUGGGAAAGGAAAUUCAAUGUUUUUAAGCAAUGGGGUUGGUCCGAUGAAGAUAUUGUUUCUGCUUUUGAGAAGUAUCCUAGGUGUAUGCUCUUUUCCGAGCACAAGAUCUCUGAGAAUAUGGAUUUCUUUGUCAAUACAAUGGGGUGCAAAUCUUCGUAUAUUUCAAACCAUCCGGUUCUUCUUUCGUAUAGCUUGGAGAAGAGAAUUAUCCCUAGGUGUUCAGUUCUUAAGGCUCUGUUAUCCAAAGGUUUGAUCGAGAAGUUCAAUGUUAAUUCUAUAAUGGUGUGUACUGAAAAAGUGUUCCUCCAGAGAUUUGUGACCCCUUUUGAGGAUCCUUAUUUUUUGAAGUUAUAUGAGGAGAAGCAGACUCUAACAUUAGAUACCAUGGACAAAUGCGACUUUCAUGUUUUGAGGUAGAUUUGAAUUUUCUUUGUUUAAAACUGAUAUAUGAUUAGUUUAGCUUUUUCAGCCGUUAAUCAUUCUGUACAGUGAUUAACUAUCACAUCUGUGUUUAAUUUAUUCUUCCUAGUUUGUAUGCCUUUACUAGAAUGGUUGGAAAAUAGGGGCUGAAAUAGUUUAUCAUGA